AUGCAGUCCGUCCAACGCCAGUUUGGCCGGUUUAUGAAGCGGUCAGCCGACGACAGCCAGGUGGCCGUUUUGCUGAGCGACUUCGACCAGAUUGACAAAUUGUUGGAUAAGAUUGUUGACUCGACAAGCGCCUGGCGCGAUGCCUGGUCCUCACUUCUGACCCAUCAAGACCGAUUGUUUACCGAGUUUGAGGGAUUGUAUGCUCCCAUAAUUGGCAGUUCAGAAGCCGCGUCGCACACACCUGUGCCGACUCCAGAAACCACGUUGGCGCGGACGUCGAAGAUCCGGGUGGAAUACGAGGACUUGAAGAAAGACCUUCUUGAGCAGCUGAAUGGAAUCGAUGAGCGCAUGAUUGACCCCGCGUCGCAAGCCAAAGAACUUCUGACUCCAUUAAAGAAGACCAUUAAAAAGAGACAAGAUAAAAAGUUGGAUUACGAGCGACAUACCGGCCGCGUCGACAGUUACUCGAAAAGAACAAAGCGUUCUGACCGUGAAAAUGCCUCGUUGGCCAAGGCAGAGGAUGACCUGACCAGAUCUACAGAGGAAUAUCACGCAGCCGAUGAGCACCUCCGAAAGUGUCUGCCUCCAUUGAUCGCCGCCGUAUUUUCCCUACUACCACGCUUGUUGGCCGCGCAGAUCGAGAUCCAGAAUCACCUUCUCGCAAACUACUAUACUGUGAUUUACGGCUACUGCGAGGAGGAGCAAUUUCCUGCCAACCCGCCACAGGAUCUGGAGGAGACUGUCACGGAAUGGGAACAAGCCUGCAAUCCCGUGCAUGAACAAAUUGAGAGCUUCGGAUGCGUCGUCAACGGCAAAACCGCACGGUCAAACUCGCAGCCCUCGAAUGAACGCCGGCCUAGCAAUACACUCACUGCGCUCAAUAGUCGAUUCCGCAGUAACCAAAAUGUCCCGACCCAACAACCUCAAUCCGAUGCGAAACUGGGCGCGACGAAUGACAGCAAGCCCUCAUUGGGUAUACGAUCGAAAUCGACACCAUACGCGCCAUCUGCCCACAGCGUGCAAUCUUUGUUUAAAGAUAAAGCCCCAACAUUAUCAUCUUCCUCAGUUUCUGAAACCCCUCCCCCCUCACAGCAAGGAUCACAAUCUGAUAAUCUCACACCCUCUAUACCACUCUCAACCAAGCCAUCAUUAUCAGCGAUAGCCGGCCAAAAGAAGCGCCCACCUCCGCCCCCGAAGCCGCGCAGCGCAUCCUCAAACGUGACCUUCGUGACAGCGCUCUACGAUUUUGGCGGACAGAGCACAGGCGAUUUAGCGUUCCAGGAGGGAGAUCGGAUUCGCGUUGUGAAAAGGACAGAUAGUACGGAUGAUUGGUGGGAGGGUGAGCUUCAUGGUGUUAAGGGGAGUUUUCCGGCGAAUUAUGUGGAAUAA